GAGGAAGCUUCAAGUCAGACAGGAAGGCCUGGGGCCGAUAACACCAGCAGGAAGGAAUGCCACCCGGGUGAACUGGAGAACGAGUGGUGCGUGGUGCGGCCCAGGGCAACUCAUGCCCUGCCCCCUCCCUGUCACGGGGGUGUGGCCUGGCCUCGCCUUCCGCCCUCUUCCCCUGACCAGCCUGGCAUCGGCACAGUCCACACACUGCUCUCCCAGCAGCCAACACGGGCCUCCAGACCACAGCAUCAUGUUUUCAAGGUUUAUCCAUGCGGUAACAUGUCAUCAGGACUUCAUCCCUCUUUCUGGCUGAAUGGUGUUGUAUAGGGAAGAAGGUGCCACAAGCCAAGGUCUGUGGGUGGCCUCUAAAAGCUGGACAAAGCAAAGAAAUUAAGGGGCGGAGCGCGGUGCAUGUUGGAGAAAUAGCAGCAGCGGCGGCGGCAGCAGGAACAGCAGCAAGGAAAACCAUGGAGACUUCAGGACCUUCCUCCCAGACUCCAGAUCACAGUCAAGUCCAUGAAGAACCAGAAGAUCUAGACUAUGACGAGACAGAGAUCCACAAGCCAAACAGGGAGGCUGGACUCUUUUCUCAAGAACAACCUAAAAGAGACAAGCCUUCUACCUCCUCCUCCUCGUCAUCCUCCUCCUCCUCCUCGUCAUCCUCUAACUCGGGUGCAGAGCAUGAGGACCCUGACCUUUUGAAGGAUGAGCUUCAGCUCUAUGGAGGUACCCCUGGAGAGGUGGUGCCCUCUGGAGAAUCAGGACUCCGAAGAAGAGGCUCUGACCCAGCAAGUGGAGAAGUGGAGGCCUCUGAGUUAAGAAGACUGAAUAUAAAGAAAGAUGAUGAGUUUUUCCAUUUUGUCCUGCUCUGCUUUGCCAUUGGGACCUUGCUGGUGUGCUAUCACUAUUAUGCAGACUGGUUCAUGUCCCUUGGGGUCGGCCUGCUCACCUUUGCCUCCCUGGAGACCGUCGGCAUCUACUUUGGGCUGGUGUACCGGAUCCACAGCGUCCUGCACGGCUUCAUCCCCCUCUUUCAGAAGCUUAGGCUGAUGGGAUUCAGGAAGACCGACUGAGGCCAGUGCUGGGCCGGCAGCCACGCUAGGCCCAGUGUGACCACUGCACCUCCUGAGUGCACGAGGGCAGAGCCCCGCUCUGGCAGACACGCGGGCGGACCAGUCUAGAGCAAUAAAGAGAGCACUUUUCCUUCCAUGUAGUCUGAACGUUGGCACCGGCCUGGACCCAGGUAUCAUUUGGGCAGUAUUGGCAUGAAUCCAGCUGCCAGGACGGAAGGCUGAGGCCUAUGCCCUCCACGGUUCUAGGAGGUCACCACCCUCAGGAGACAGUAGGAGACCCCUGGGCCCUGCAAACUGUCAUCUGUGUAGGCUUCUGAUCCCUCUCAAAUCCCCAGGCCAUCCAGGUGGGCUCUUAGGCUUGCAGAGUCAUCCGAGGAAAGAAAGCCCACUGCCCUGAGGCAGGGAGCCGUCAUGCCAGGCCCCCAGGGUGAGCCUGAUGCAGGCCAGCUGUUGCGGACUAAAGCCACAGCAUCAAGCCAUCUUCUCUAGCCCCAUCACCUGGUGCCAGCCCUGCUGCCUUGGAGUCCACCAAGAUUCAAAUAAAUGUUCUCUUCCCUGGACUAACAAGAGUCAGCUAAAUGUUCCUUCAGGUUUCUUGAGCAUGAGCACACAUGUGGAGUCUCCUUUGACCCCAUCUAGUAAGGGAGGGCACCUUGCCUAUUGGCUAAAGUGCAAAAGAGAAUAAAUGUACAGCCUCUCACUUUAGGUCCAAGACUCAAAUUGCACAAGUUCAGAAAGAGGGUUUUGCAAACAUUCCUAUGAAGAGAUCUGGGGCUGUUAGGUAAUCUAAGCCCAACAAAUACCAAAGGAGUGACACAGAAGCACACAUACACAAAAACCCAUUGCAAACUUGGAUUGCAUCAAUGGAGGUACAGAGUCUAGAUUGAAGGAGGUCAUAGUAGAUCCUACUUUACACAGUCCACACCAACAGCACGUGUUCAGUUCUAGAUUCACAUCUCAGGAGCAAUAGUGACAAGCUAGGGAACAGACAGAAGACAGCCGAGUGGGAGUAUAAAGAAUGACUGAAGAAACGAGAACUCUUCAAUUUACUGAAGGGAAAGUAGGGCCCUCCUGAGCUCACAGACUCUUGGAGGAUACUUUCUCAAGUGUUUAUGAUGCUCCAAGGACAGUCACAUGUGUUAUCUGAUUUAAUUCUCACAGUGGCCUAGAGAUGCGUCAGUCAUCCUCAUUCUGCCGAUGGAGACACAGAGACUCAAAGAGCUUUAGUCACUUACUCAGGUUCCCACAGUAAGCAAGUGGCACAGCUGCAUUGGAACCCAAGCCUAUGUUCUCCUAAUGCCAAGCUGUCUUACAGAGCGUGGCUAGUCUAGGCCCCCACUCCAGGCAGAGCAGCCCUGACGCAGCUACACUUUCUCCCAGUGUUGCCCAGACUUUGGGAUUUCUGACUUGGAGAUUUUUUUUUUUUUUUUUUUUAAUGAGGGGACCAGACGUCUGGCCGGUUCGAUUGGUGGAGCAGGCUACUCUUGAUCUUGAGGUUGUAAGUUCAAGUCCCAUGUUGGGUGUAGAGAUUCCUUAAAAAUAAAAUUUUUUAAAAUAAAUAAAUAAAAU